CAUUCAAGUGAGGCUAAAAAGGUACCAAUCCCAGCUUUGUCCAAUGAAUUCGUCUCAAUUCGUUGAGCCUCAGCCACAGGUACGCGCCUCAUAGGCAGCUACGUCCCUGUAAAUGAGUUAUCGAUAAAAGAUGACAGUGACCUCAUAAGCGACUUGCGCAUUGAUUGUCUUUACGCCGUUUACAAGUACCGAAUCCUAUCGUGAAAUGCAUCGAGCACAAUCUUGCCAUGGCGCCAAUACGCCGAUACCUCCGCAUAACCAAGUAUUCCGUCAUUGAAUGUCGCAUUUACCUAGAUAAUCCAGCACUUGCCCAGACUUGGCUCCUGAAUCCGAGGAAUCCGGCGCUGCCAAGGGUUAUCGAGAGUGUGCGCCCGCUCGUAUUACCCAAGCUACGUGAGGAGCGAGAGCGAAGUAGGAAGCGGAGUACCAAGAAGAAAGGCAUCAAGGAUGUUGUAGUCGAAGAUGAUUUCGAGGUAUCCAUAUUCCUGACCGAGACAAGCACCCGCCACGCGCUCCUCACGAAGCACAAGCACUUCCACGACACCACUCAGACCAAGCUAACCUCUAACUCCGGACGCCUGAUUGGUGAGACCAACGAGGCACCCAUCGACGUCGAUGCUACGACAGGACUGGGCCCAGUAAUCAGACGUGAGGAGAGCGACGACGAAGAUGCUGCGGUGACCUUGGCAGCCAUCCCAGCGGCAGAUGAGACCGCAGCGGAUAGCAACAGUAGUAGCGGCAGGCGACCCAAGCGCGCACGCAAGAAUACAGAAACAGAAGCAGAAGCAGAAGCAGCCGUAGAUCCCGACCAAGAUGUGGAGAUCGUCUCGGAUAGCCAGGAAGAAGAUGAUCAAGACGACCAGGACGACCUGUUCGUGCAUGACGACGACACUAGCACGAGGCCGCCACCGUCCAAACGUCGCAAGGGAUCAGCAAGAGAAGCGGGUGAAAGUGCCGAGGCCGAGGCCGGGGCCGGAUUGGACAAGGACGACAAGAAGAAACUGGCCAUGGACAUCUCGUACGAGGGAUUUUCUAUUUACGGGCGCGUGCUGUGCCUCGUCGUCAAGCGCCGCGACGGUAACAUCGGCUCCGGCCCCCAACAAAAGCAGCAACAACAACAAGCGGGCCGCGGCAGCAAGGCCGCCACCGCUUCUGCGGCCGGGAGCCAUGCGACGAAACCUGGGGGCGGAGGCCAGGCUAUGAUGGAGAACUUCAUCCUCUCCACCCAAGUGCCGGCGGGCGCUGAGCCGUCGUGAACCACCACGAACCAUUCGCAACAUAUUACUAAUACGCUAUGAACAUCCGUCCCUCUCUCUCUCUCUGCCUCUCUCUACACGCGAUGGAUUCGCGCGCGGUAGCAUUCAUGCACGUCACCCCAAUCUUCGAACCACGUGGGCUGUAGGAUUCGGUCGACCGCUUCGACUUCUGACGAGGGUUUUCAUCUAUUCAUGCGCGCCCGGCUUACUAGUCGCAUGCGGGACGCAUGUCGCGUUCCAGAGCGAUCUAUUCGGCAUGAGAUGCCAGAGUUCUCGAGAUAUGGCAGAUCGUCAAUCGUUGAUCGGUUUUUUUAUUAUUAUCGUUGCGGUGUGGUAUGCGGGCGUGGCUUAGCCAGCAUCGUUGUUGUUGACGUUGCUGUCGCAGCAAACUCAGAUCCUUCUGCGGUGCAACCGUCGCAAUAUACCUACCUAUCUACCUAUCCCAUCCGCGCCACCAGAUUCUUCUCAGACCUUCGCCGUGUCAGUGUCGUGGAUUCUCCAUAGAUGCAUUACCCGUACAUUCAUAGUACGCCUCCUUACCUAGGCCACGUUGUAUGUGUAUAUGCGCAUGUGUAUGUACAUGUGUUAUGCAAGACCAAUGCAGCCUCCUACUAGAGAAGGGGAGAUAGGCUAAGCAAAUCAACAUACGCAGACUAAGACUUAUUAGCUAAUCUCGAUGG